AUGACUCAAGAUUUCAUGAAGCUUGACCGUUUUGAUAGAGGAAAUUUUCGACGCUGGCAAAAGAAGAUGCAUUUUUUGCUCACCACUCUCAAAGUGGUCUAUGUGCUAACUACCCUCUAUUCGGUAGAGCAAGAAAACGAGACUAUGGAGCAAACCUGUACCAAAACCAAAUGGGAGAAUGACGACUACAUUUAUCAAGGACAUAUUCUGAAUGCGCUGUCAGACUCUUUGUUCGAUGUGUAUCAACAUCUAGAAACGACAAAACAACUAUGUGACAUAUUACAGUCAAAGUACCUCACUGAGGAUGCCACCAGUAAGAAAUUUCUUAUUAAUAAUUUAAUGCGUUUUACUAUGAUUGAUACAAAGCCCAUUAUGAAACAAUUCCAUGAGAUCCAAUAUAUUCUGAGUCAGUUUCGACAAAAGAAUAUGAACAUGGAUGAAUUUAUUGCAGUUUCAUCUAUAAUAGAGAAACAACCAUCUUGGAAGGAUUUUAAGAAAACUAAAAAACACAAAAAAGAAGAUCUUAAUUUAGAGGAAUUAGCUCAACACCUUCGAGUUGAGGAAGAGUCAAGGCUUCUUGAAGGUAAAGAUAAUCAAUUGGCUCGGACUUCCAAGAUCCACAUGGUGGAUGAUGGCAAGAGGUUUAACAAAAAGAAGCAUAAGCAUAAACCUUAA